UUUAUUUGUAUGUUAAAUUUCACAUUAAUAUUAUUAAUGAUUUUAGAUGUUGUGUUCUUAUAUUGAAAAUCUUUUACAAUCUGUAAUUUACACAGUCAUCUCUGCAUCCAAUACACUAGCACCUACACUUUAAAACUAUAAUAUUCAGAACUUUGUUAAAACUUUCAGAAUCAUUUCAGUCAUUUCACUUGUAUCUUGUAAUUUCUACAUGUUCAUGCCACAUUAGCACUUACUUAUGGACCUAAAGAAUUUACUAACCACCACUUUGAUAGUUGAGGAUGUUUUUAUGUUUAUCAUUGUUUGCUCUUAGUGGUAUUAAAAUCUUUGUCAGCUUAUAUAGUGAUAUGGAUAUACUAAUUGAAAAGUAAUUCUUUGGGCAUUCAGUUGUCUAUACGAAUUAUGUACAGUAUUAGGCCUGUAAUAUUUUUUUCUUUCUUUCCUGUAUCAAAAGGGACAGCAGAUCGACCCUUGACAAGGGGAGGAACUGGCUCUAGCAUGAGUAUGGACAGACCUGACACUCGCCAGACCACCUCAUAUGGAGAUCGCCCAAUGACGCGCCAGGGGGAUGGGAACAGCAGGCCCACAACAUCGGGUCGACCUAUUACAGCUCGGCCUGUCAGUGCUGCACUCCGUGGGGCCCCAGGAACAGCAUCUAGGCUCCUGUCUACAGCAAGCCUGCAGCGCCCUGGUACAAGAACUGGUGUAGCUACUGGCAUAGGCUUUAAUACACCUAUUAAUGUUGUGGAUCGCCCCAUCACUCAGCAAGGACUGACUGGUAUGAAGACAGGUUCAAGGGGCCCACAGAGACAGGUGCAAGACAAAAGUUAUUUUAUGGGUCUUCUGAGAACAAAGAUUGCUGAAAUGGGUAAAGAAAUAACACGUCUGACUGGAGACAUAGACUUUAUGAAGCAGGAGCAAUCAACCUUCUUAACCUAUGAUAAGAGAGUAAAGGAAAUGGCACAUGAACUGACUGAGCUGCAAGGAAAAUUGGCUGAUUACAACCUGCUAGUGGACCUCGUAAACAUGGAUACUGAACGAGGAGAGAUAGAUCAAGAGACCCGGGAAAUGAAAGAGGCCAAUCAAGUGGAAGCAGAUAACUUGGAUGCACUCUUUACUCGCAAGCAAGACUUGGAGUCAAUGAUGAGGCAGCUAGAAGCAGAAAUUGAGGAGGAGUUGGAGGAGAAUCAGAGUGAGAGGAGUCAGAAGUAUCGUGAGCUCCGUAAGCGAGAAGAAACAAUGGAACAAUUUCUGGCUACUUUUGAAGAGAAUAAAGAAGAGGAAUUGAAACGAUUAGAAAGUCUGGAGACCAAUAAUGUUGCUGUACUUGAAAAAAUAUCUCGCCAUCUUGCCCACUUUAAACAUUUACCAAGUACUCACGACUUCGAUACAAUGAGAACUGACUUAGCUUUUAAGGAAGGAGAGCUGGAGAAAUCUCGCUACACAGAGCAGGGCCUUAAGCAUGAAAACCUCAAUCUUCAGGCCAACUUACAGAAGAUUGAAGCUCUGGAAACUAAAGUUCAGAAAGAGAUGGUUGAUAUAAAAGAAAAAUUGGCCCAAAUGGAGGAAGAAAUUGUAGAAUUCUCAGAUUUAGAUGGUUUAAAAUCCAGAGCUGAGGAGAAACGUAAGCAGUUAGCUCAAGAGAAAGAUGAGCUGGAAGCUAGAAAGAGCUGCAUCACUCAGAGUCUGCACGAGAUUACUACUGCCAUUACUGCACUCAAGAGCCAGCUUCAUGAGAAUGAAACGUACACACAGCUGACCAACCUGGAGAAGAAAUGGGCUCAUCUUGAGCAAACCAACUUUACUCUUCGUGAAUUUAUUGCACAAAGAAAAGCUGAAUCAAACUUUUUACCAUUCAAAAAUAAAGCUCUGAAACUUGUUAAUGAGUACAAUAAAUCCUUGCAAGAAAUAGUGCAAAGUGGCGUCUCUAUCAUGUGAGUUUAUAAGUGUGGACAUCAUUCUACACUGCAUACAUUAUGGCAUGCAAUGUCUGUGAUAGUCUUAGGCUAAAAGCUACUUUAUUAUAUUUCCUUUAAUGUAAACAUAGCAUUUAUCAGAGCUAUACAGUUUAGCAUAUAGAAUUAUUGUGCAAACUUAUGUCAUUCUUUUUUAACAAUUGUACUGCAAACACUAUUCAGAAUAAUUUUAUCAUUAAUAACAAAUUCUGUUAUAUAAUUAUAGUGAAAAUAAAUGGUAUAAAAUACCGACACAAUGGAAACAUAAACGCAUAUGGGUUUAUGUUUCCAUAUAAUUAUAGUAUAUAAAUAUGGUACUUUACCAUAUAUUGCAUUUUAUAAAGUUUUGUACAUUUAUGGGUUAUUCACUGCAUCGAGUGAUGGAUGGAGGUUUGACCUUCCAUCCGCUAUUUGCACCCCCAGUCUCGGAUAAGACUGACUGUUGGUGAUUGCUCCAUAUAAAUACUGUAAAGUUUUGUGUAUACUUGUACUUACCUAAAAGGAACUGAUAUUGAAACCUCUUCUUUCUGUGCAAUGUUACUUACCAGUUCUAUAUGCUUUUGUGAAAUUUAUCAAUUGGUAUCUCUUAAAUAUAGUGUAUUUAAUUCUUUCUUGCCUUCAAAAUUUGGCUUAUUCGCUAUGCACACCAGAUAGGCAUAUGGAGGGUAUGGUAUAACAGGCAGUGGCAAAAUCUCAAAAAUUUGAACUCAGGUGUGAGUCUAGAUCAGGUGUAACCGACUGUAUACUUGUCAAAAGAGGCCCUAACUCCUAGGCAUAUCAUUAUUAUUAUUAAUUUAUUAUGAUUGUUAUUAUUAUUAUUAUUAUUAUUAUAAAGAUUGAAGGCAAAGAAGAAAGGUCUGUAACAUACUAGAGAAUUGUGUAUGUGUGAGUUUCUUAAAAUGGGAAAGCUUAUAGCUGUUCUUUUUUUUGGUUCCAACAGCACUAACACUAGAAUCAGAGAACCACUGGUUUAGCGGGUAAUGUGCCAACCUGAAUCUAAAACUGGUAAUUACUCAUGUCACCUGUUAUCCAGGAUAAUAAACAUACAACCAC